CUGCUGCUACUCGCCCCAUUAGCUACACGCGUUUUUCCCAAAUCGUGCUUUUUUUGUGAAUUGUUCAUUUCUUUUGUAAAAAUUACUCACUACUAUGUUUUGCGACACAAAUACGAUCGGCAGUGCGUGCAGCUAACAUGAUUUGAGAAUUGCAGGCCACGCGUUGAGUCUCUGGCUGUUCAACUCGAGCCUUUUGAAACCAAAUGAGUGCGUUUGCUUGCAGGCGAAUGCCAUUGCUGGGUAUCUCGCGCGCCCGUGUGUGUGUCUGUGUAUGUUUGUGUGUGUGGUGUAUAAAAGAAGAAUUGCAAAAGAAAAGAAACAAGAAGACGAAAAAAACGAUGCGAUAAAAACGACCAGGCCAGCAUUAGUAGGACAAAAAAUCAAACAGGCAGGCAGCGGCGUGUGGUUAAUGUGUUAUCCGGCACAGCGCCAAGCGUGGAUCUAAGAAGGCACAGCAUCAAAGCAACAGCAGUCGACAGGCAGCGGCCACCGCCAAGCUAAAAAAAAACGAAAUAAUAUUUGUGAAAAAAAGAACCCCCCGCCCGUUUUGCCCAUAUUUGGUUCACUCUCGAAAUUGAAUCCGUAAUAAACAUAAUCCUCAUUUGAUCAGAGACGUGAAAAACGAGCAAUUUAAUACAUACAUAUGCACAUACAUAUAUGUACACUGUACACAAUUUUCUUUACCAUUUAUAAUCCCGAUGUGAUUCUCAUUUUACCGCGUCUCUUGUGAUUGCAGAGUAAUAUACGUAUAUUUACCGUGUGAUGGAUAAAUAAAUAAAUACGCUAAGAGCUGAUGCACUUUCUGGCGCCAAAGUGCAAAGACACAAAAAAGAUCGAGAGAAAAAAAAAGUAAAAAAACGAACAAAAUUCGCCGCGUGUGUGGAAUCUCGGCGACAGAGCACCAAUACAGCGAUACGGCGUGCGUAACACACACACAUUGAGAACACUCACACAGGAUUGCAACAGUGUGUUCCGUUUCUAUUUCUUUUUUUAUUGUUGUUUUGCGCGCUUGCGUGUGUGUGUGUGUGCGUGUGUUCGUUUCUUUUUGGUUAGUUUUCAUUUCGUGUGCCCGUGCCGUUUCAUCGCCGGCUUAAAAUCCAAUAAUGUCAGAGUUUGAGGAUAGUCCACACAAAAAUAGCCAAACAAAAAGGCAACUGCAGCUGCAGCGACACCAAGCCACGACAUUAAGUGCGGGAUCGAGCAUACAGCAUCCGCUCACGCCGCUAAAGGAGGCGACCGAGGCCGAGGAGGCGGCCGAAGAUGAUUCUGCUGCCGGCACAGCCCUCGUCUCCCGCAAAUCUCUCAUGGGAAGGGUGAAGCUGCGCGUUUCAAAUAUCCUGCCAACCUGGUUCUCGCCAACAUCCAAGGCGGCCUCGGAGGCCCAACAGGAGCAACAACAACAACAGCAGCAGCAACAGAAUGGUACUGGAACCGGAGCAACGUCUCUAACGAAAAGGAAACGUGGACGCCGCCGCAUAGAGCUGGCCGAACCAGAUGGCGAGGACUCACCCGCUGGGGGCCUGCUACCCGAUGUGGAUGAUGGUGCCGCUGCACGUGGUCUGGACUACGAGGAGGUGGCCCUGGCCGACAACAUAGCCGAGCAUGACUUGGUCGCCGAAGAUGAGCAGACGCGACGCAGCGAAUACAAUGUGUUCCCCUUGCGCAAACGGCGCGCUGCGAUAAUUGCCGCCGAUGAUGAUUUUGAUGACGAUGACGACGAUGUGGCAGAUGGUGACGAAGAUGACGAGGAGGAGGACGAGGACGAUGGUCCAGGAGAAGCGUCCGUCUCUGUCCCGACUAAGCGACGUCGUGUAGAACUGGAGACAAGCGUUAAUUUGCCAAGUAUGCGGCGAAUGCCAUUGCCACUGGUUUCCUCUACGCCCGCAGCUGCCGCUGCCGCUUCAGGCGGCCAACAAUUCACCUCAGGCAACUCUCCGGCAGUGGGAGGCACACGUAGUCAUAGUCGUGGCUCGAACCCGAGUGGCGUGGCCCCGCAUCGACGAACCCACUUGAACCUCUAUCACCAGCAGCGCCAGCAGCGUGAGCCAGGCUACAAUUUCUUUGCGGGCAACGAGACGGCCGCCGAGGCCACAACAGGAGAUCUGCCAGUCAGUAUACGUCGAUCGCUGAACAUCCCAGUCAUAGAUUCACCACGCGGUCGCAGCUUCAGCUUUGGACAAGCUCAAACCGCCGUGCCAUUGGCCAACCACAAGAGACCUUCUCUGCUGGUGGGGCAGGCUGCCGCGGGCCGGGACACAUCCAUCGAUGCGGCCCAGUCGGAGAAUGAGCGGAUUGAGCGGCUGCUGAAUAUCUGCAAGUCCAAUAAUAAUAUCAGCAACAACAACAACAACAUUAUCAAAUCGAAGAGAGGUGCCGCCACAGCGACAGCCGCAACUGGAGAUUUGGAGAGUGAACUGCAUGAAUAUCCAGAGGUAGUGGAGACAGCCGAUUCCUAUCCCUACCAUCACAACAGCAACAGCAAUCUAUCGUUCUAUGGGAAUUUGCAGAGCGCCAAGUCAAUAUUUACGCGCGGCUCGGGCCAGCCGCCGCACCACAAUUCUACGUGUUCACUGAAUGCGCUGAAUAAACGGCAGCGCUUCAAUGCCUCCAUCUAUGGCAGCUCCUCGGCCUUGAGCGACAGCCGCCUGUUGACACGCAGUGCUUCCGCUUCGGCCUGUGGCUCCGGUUCAGGUUCAACAACAAUUUCGCCCUUCUACAAGGGUCAGACCACAUUCGGCGGCAAUUCGGCACACAAUCGUAUCUUUGGCCAGGGUUCUGGCUCAGGCGGUGGCGCUGGCGGUUCCUCCUCUUCGUUGGCCAUGAACUCGGGCGGCAGUUCGCCGGCCGCUCAUCAGGCUGCGUCCGCCAAUACCGCCUACGGCAUGAAGCCAUUGGCCAUGCGCCCCAGCCAGCUAACAGAGAGUCAGCCAACCACAUCGGCCGUGGACAGCAUCGCCCUCUCGAGCACCACACGUCGCAUCCUUAGCCUGCUGGAGAGCUACUCCACGCCACUGAUUGAUGUCAAGCGGCUCGGAAACACACUGAAGGAGCAGCAGCAACAGCAGCAGGCAAAUAGCAACCAGCGGCUGCAGCGUGGCUCCAGCAACCCCUAUAGCCGGCCCAAUCAUUUCAUUUCGCACACAGAACAGCUACAGCAACAGCAGUCGACGCCACAAAGUCUUCUGGCUCCAACGAUGCAACACGUACUCGAAAAGCGUCGCCUGCAUCGUGUCAGCAAAAACUUGAAGGAAUUGGUCUCGUAUUACAAGCCAAAUGCACCAUCGUCCGGAGGGUCAACCACAAUGGCCCUGGCGGCUCUGCCAGCCCGCCAAACGCCCAAUAAUAGUCACACGAACAAGAUGCGUUCCCGACUGAGUCACCAGUCGGCGCGCAAGGAGCCCCGCGAAGACACCGAACUGGCACCCGAGCCACUCGACUUGCCGAUUAUCAACUUCCCGGCCAUGGCAAAUACACCGACAUUUGAUUUGGUCAUCAAGCCACCGCCGCCGCCGACACCUGCGACACUGCCAUCAGUGGCGGCAAACACAACGGAGGAUCUACAGAUGCGUCCUAAGCCCCAACCAGCAUUCCCAAUGCCUGCGGUUAAUUUUGUGGGUGCAACAGCAGCACCAACAACAACAGCCACAACUAUAGCCAAUGCCAGUGGAAUUGGCAGUGGCAGUGUCAGUUCUGGCUUGCUGACUAGCGGCGUAUCAGGCGUAUCAGAACGUAGCUACAGCUUUGGUGAGCCCAUACCUAUACGAGGGGAAACUGCAAGUGAUGCACACCAAUUGAGGAGCACACGCAAUUUCUCGUUUCCAGCGCCAUCGACAUUGGAGAGGCAACAGCAGUCGCUCCCAAUCAUGAACGGACCCUCCACCGUUGCAGCAGCGCAUAAUCCAAGCAGCAGCAACCCAGUGGAAGGCGGCUUUAGCCAGCAGUUUAGAAAAUCAGCCACUGAAUGGGAGUGUGAUGUGUGCAUGAUCCGAAAUAGAUCAGAGCUAGUGAAGUGUGCAGCAUGCGAGACCCCAAAGCCUUCCAAGACUGCUCCACCAGCUGCAGCUGCAGCUGCAACUCCGACUUCAACUCCAACUGCAGUCCCAUUCUCGGUUGCCAGCAGCGGAUUCGGAGAUCGUUUCAAGAAGUCAUCGAGUUCCUGGGAGUGCGACACGUGCAUGGUGUCCAACAAGAACGAGGAUAGCAAGUGCGUGGCCUGCGAGACACCGCGCCAGGGAGCUGCAGCAGCCGCCAGCAAGACAACCACCGACUGUUUCUCAAUUACAAACAGCCCGGGUUGCGGCUCCGGCUCUGGCUCCGGAUCGGGCUUCUCAACAUCCAGUUCGAGUUCAGGCUUCGGGCAGGCCUUCAGGCCCAAGGCCAACACCUGGGAGUGCCAGACAUGCCUGGUGAUGAAUCAGACGAGUGCCGUCGAGUGCGUCGCCUGCCAGUCGCGCAAUCCAAAUGCCGCCAGCAGCGAGUCCAGCUCGAGCUCCUCAACAAGUAAUCCUCCAACCAAUGUCUCUUCGAGCACCAGCAGCACCAACAACACCAGCUUCAAGUUUGGCUUCACCCCAGAGCAACAGCAACAGCAGCAGCAGCAGCUGGCAGGAGUCAAACUGGAUGUCGGUUUCCAGAAUCUGGUGGCUGCCCAGAAGGCAGCCAAUUGGGAGUGCGAGACGUGCAUGGCCAUGAACGAUCAGUCGCUAUCCAAGUGCUGCUGCUGUGAGCAACUGAGGCCGGGUAGCGACGACAACUGCAAAUCCUCAUCCAAUGCCACUCACCCAGUGCCCACGUUCACGUUCGGGUUUGUGCCAAAAGCAAAAGAAGCACCAGUCCAGCCAGUGCUGCCGGUAAUGCCAGUGCUGCCAGCUGCAGUCCUGUCAACGUCAAACGCUGCGCCACAGUUCUCCUUUGGCUUCGGUCAGAGCAAGGAUGUGGCAGACAGCAAUAACGCUUCGAUGGGAGGAUUCAAGUUCGGAGCCCCAGCCCCAGCUCCAGCAGCCACCGUCACCGCCAGCCAGGAGGAGCCAAAGUCAAUCGAUCUAAGGGCUACAAUGCCAACAGCCACUAAGGCUACAUCCACCACGGGUAUCGAAACAGCAGCAGCGGCCCCCGCUAGCCAAUUUUCAUUCAGAGCUCCCACCACCACAUCGACAGUACUGUCCUCCAGCAGUGACACUUCCAUCCCUGCCGCUACCGCUGCAGCUGCCCCCGCCGUAAGCGCCACCACCACUGUCACGAGUCAAGGGUUCAGCUUUGGUGCCCCAUCAUCAUUACCCUCAUCCUCAUCGGCUGUGUCCAGUUCGACGCAUACUUCGGGCAGCAACUCUAGCGUCACCAGCGUGAUUAGCUCCAACGUGAAGCCCAUGUUUAGCUUCAGCGCACCCGCCACCACGCCCAGCGGUGUAAGCAGCAGUACAACGGUGACGACGGCAUCUGUGGGCUUCUUUGGAUCUGCCGCAACAACUAGCACAUCUUUUGCUGCCACUCCAGCUCCAGCAUUAGCUGCCGCUGCGCCUGCGCCAGCGGUAGGUUUGUUCAGCUUUGGCAGUCCAUCUUCAGCUAGCUCCACAACAAAAGCUGCACCCAGCAGCAACAGCAACAGCAACGCCUUCUUCUUUGGCCAGACUCCGACAUCGACGGCAGCGCCAAGCUCAAGUGCGACGGGAUCCAUCUUUGGUGCAGCAGUAACUUCAGUAGCCUCGGGCAACAACAACAGCACGUCCAUUAGCUUCAGCAGCAGCAGCAGCACCACCACUGCAGCUCUAGCUCCAGCUCCAGUGACGUUCGGAUUUGGAGAGAAGAGAGCGGCAUCGGGUGCACCCGCAAACAGCCUGACAAAGCCCGUAAGCUUUGGCUGGCCCAGCCCCAGUCCUAGCGCUAGCUCCAUACCCAGCAAUGGCAGCAUAGCACCGGCCACCGCCUCCAACAGCAGCACCAGCACCAACACCAGCCUCCCGACGGUGGUGUCCGGCAACUCUGUUUUCGGUAGUGGAUUUGGUACUGGCUUCGGCAGUACAUCGGCCGCCAGUACGCCAGCACCAACUGCGGCAGCGUCUUCAGCUUUUGGCGGUAAUGGAGCACUGCCCACUACGGGCUUCGGCUUUGUGGGUAACUCAAUGGCACCCCAAUCUUCGCCUGCGCCUGCAUCCGGUGGCCCGGCGUCUAUAUUCAACAAUGCCACCACGCCUGCCUUUGGCGGCAGCAAUGGAGGAGGAGGAGGAGGAUUCGGAGUCGGAAGCACUGGAACAGCUGCAAAGCCAGCAUUUAACUUUGGAGGCCCUCCGGCUCUUUCCCAGUCGACGACCACAUCUGCACCUGGACCUUUCAACUUUGGUGGCGGCGGCACCGGGGGCAAUGCGACAUCCUCUAAGCUGGCCUUUAAUUUUACGGGCUCGUCCUCGGUGUCUGCCGCAGCCGCAACACCACAGGCGACGACGGCCUAUAACUUUUCCGCCGGUUCGGCGACUGCAAAUCCCCUUGCAUCGGGCGAUCGUGUCUUCCAGUUCGGUGCUGCUGCUCCUGCUGCUGCUGCUGCUCCUGGCACAGCUACUGGGCUCGGUGCUGGUGGCGCAAGUGGUUCGCCAAUGUUCAAUUUUACCGCCACAUCGCCGCCGCAAAUGCAGAUGCAGCUUCAAUCCACCUCCAGCUGGCAACGCCGCCCAGAAUUCACAGAUGGUGCGCCGCAAGAUUCGCGCCCCCGUGCGCCGUUUGCCGCCACGGUAGAAGUGGCAUCGCAGGCCUCCGAAACAACAUCUACUGAGGCUGCCGCCGCCGUCCCCGCCAUCGCUGUAGGCGGAGGACUUGUUUACAACCACAUGAUUGAAGAACACGAACAGCCACAAGCACAACGAAUGGGAUUGCAACUAGAAGACAUAAGGCAAGCCGGACAGGCGCCGCAGGAGAAUGACGAGUUCGAGGCCGAGGAUAAGCUGGUGACGGACAACGAAAGCAGUGACAUACCUUUCAAGGCAUCAUCUGUUGGUCCCCACACACGGAGUCCGCACCUCCACGAGCGAAGCCAGCAGCAGUUCCCCAACGUUUCCAAGUAUCGUUUCGUCCGCAGCGUCACGGAUACCGCCUCCACCUCUGCCUCUACGGCUGGAACCGCCACCAUACCGGAUGGAGAAACCACAGCCCCCAUGUUAAACACGGCAGCCGCCAAGCUGGACAGACAGAAACGGUUCGGAGUGUUGCACAGCAAGCGCAAUACACGCAGCAGAGUCAACACCAUCAUGAGCAACAGAAGCCACAGAGGAGGUGGCAUAAAGAGAAUCAGCCACCGUCAGCGCUACAACGAUAUCGAGGGAGCAGGAACUGGAACUGGAACAGGAACAGGAGUAGGUUCCGUCUCGGUGCCCCAUGCCCUGCGCAGCCGCUACAAACUGGUGCGACGCCGAAGCAACAAUGAAGCAAUAGCACCCCUGACUGAAACACAGCAGCCGUAAAGGAUCGCUGGAGGAUGACGAGACACGCAGUCACGCAUACAACAGUUACGGUAACUGGUAACCAGAAGCAGAUGCUGAUGCAUUUUUCGUAGUCCUCUCUCUAAAACACACACACACACACACACAUGCACACAAAAUUUGUUUAAGUUAUGUUAAAAUGUUGGUUUUAUGAGCACACACAGCAGCCCACAACAUACUGCGUCCUCAUCAAGCAGCUAUCGUGUCUCUUCUCUAGUUUGUAAUGGAUCAAUUUUUUGCUCAUUUUUUUUUUGUUGAUUUAAAUUUAAAUAUGUGUAUAUCUAUAUAUAUAUAUGUAUAUAUAUAUGUGAGUGAGUGUAUGUAUAAUGGCCGCAGGCAAGCCAAAAGCGUAUGAAAAACAUAGAGAAGAAUCAGGGAUCCGGUAUGAUGGAUCAUCAUCUUAGUCGCCAGAGUGUGGUCUCCAGGCAGAGUGUAGUAGUGUACAGUAGGUAAUCCUCAAAUCGAUCCAAAAAGAGCAAGGACCAUCCCAUACACAUGCCAGAGGUGGCAGCAGGACGGACAGGCGACGGGAUUGUAAAUUUCAAUUUAAUUGUAUUUUUAGUCAUUUUAUUUGCAACUAUUGUUUCUUGAUGCAUACAUGAGAUACAUACAUACACAUAUAUAUAUAUAUUUAUAAAUACAAUUAGUAACCGAUAAUUAUGUAAUAAUUAUGUUGUGAAAAUGUAAAGAGAGAGAACGGAAAGGAAGAGGAGGAGGAAGGAAAUAGCGCAAAGUAAAAGAUGGAGAGGAAACUAUAUUAUUAAAUACAUAUAUAUUAUUACAAAUCGAUCGUGAGACCAUCUUCUGCUUAGAAAGAGAACAGAACCGCAUUGCUAGUUUUGUAUUCGUUUUUGUUCUUCAUUGUUAGAUUUAUGAAAUGGAAUUCGCUGAACGAAUUGUCGAUACAGAACAGCAACAGCCACAACAGCAGUACACCAACAAAAUACAGAAAACAGAAACUAUUUAGAAACGUAAAUUAAGCAAAACAAAAAACCUAUAGCUACCGAUAAGGAAAAUUUAGAGAAAAGUUUAAAAAGAGCGAGAGAGGGGGUCUAGUUGCAAAGUGGCGAGAAUAGUGAGCAGAAGAAACAGUUAUGAUGAUUAUGCGCAUGUUUUAUAUAGUACACAUACACAUGCAUAUAUAUAUGGCAAAACAUAUGGAAAACAUUAUAAUAUUUUAAUAUAAUUUUUAAUUGAUCAUUUGUAAGUCGCGGGAAAAACUGAGUUGUGGAAAUCGGAGAGAAUUCGUUUUAAGAAACGGUAUCGUAAUGUAAAUAAGUAAAUAUAUGCGGUAUGAUAAUUAAAAAAAGAACACUAAAUAUACCUACAAAAAUCUGUGAAAA